AUGCCAGCAUAUCAUUCUUCGCUCAACGAAGAGCCCGACACCCGCCAGGUCGGCAACGUUGCGAUUCUCCCAAUCAAAACGCGUAUUCGAGGACCAGCGCCCCUAGCCGACCCAGAGCGCGCGGACAUUCUUGAUGAGACCAUAGACCUCUUCCGCGCCAACUCUCUGUUUCGAAAUUUCGAGAUCAAAGGCCCAGCCGACCGUAUCUUGAUCAUCCUCAUUCUAUACAUAUCGGACUGUCUCGCAAAGAUCGGAAGUGCGCGCACGGUGCCGACGCAGAUAGAAGCAGGAAAGAUACUCAAUACGCUCUCGGUGGACAAUUUCUCGAUUCCUGGCGACGCUGGAUUUCCACUCAAUGCACAUUACGCCCCGCCUGCAAGUAGAGCUGAUGCAGACUACUUGCGGCAAUAUCUUACACAAGUCCGCCAGGAACUAGCUGCACGAUUGGUGGAACGACUGUACGCUGAUGGCACAGGGAAGCCCAGCAAAUGGUGGAUGUCGUUCCAAAAGAGGCGAUUCAUGAAUAGAAGUUUGGGCUCGUAG